UUGUUGUUCUCACUUUGAUGAUGAGAACCAGUGCAGCUCAGAGAAGCGACUUCUCCGUCAGCGCAGUCACAGAUGGACCACCGGACAGUGUCGCAAUGAGAUCCAGCUGCGAUCGGAGGACUGUGAAGUGUUUGGUUUGAUUAGCGGCGCGCACCGACAUGGAAGGUUACUGCUCGCACUGAAACUCUUGAAAUGGGCGUGGAUUUAACGCCGAGCGACGGAAACAGUCGAGAGUGUGUCGAAAGGCAGCGGGGAGAUACGCAGAGCGGUGUUAAAGUCAUACAAAGUGGACAUGUCCAGUGCGUAAAGGUGCGCGGAUAAAGCUCCAACUGUUUCUAACCUGCAGUGUAAGGCUGGACUAUUUCAUCUCCUAAAAGUCUUUCUAAUGUGGCAGAGGUGGGAUUAGAGCACCAUGUUGGAGCCUCCAGAGCCCAGCCAAGAGAUUGUGGAGUGGCUGUCCACCCUCCGCCUCCCCCAGUAUGUGUCAUGUUUCCAACAGGGAGGCUAUCAAGCUUUGGAAGACUGCAAAGACCUCACAGAUGAGCGCCUCCUCGAGCUCAAAGUGCUGCCAACAGGCCACCGUAGACGGAUCCUCCGGAGUUUGGAAGCACUGGGGUUGAAGCAGCAGAGUGGAGAUGAAGAUGAGGAAGGUAUAGAGAACAGCAGCGGUCCAAGGCCACCAGUGCUACACCCAAGACAUAUCUUCCUAAAGGAUAAAAGGAGGGGGACGUCAUGUCAGCAAAAACAGCCAAAUGAUAGGAGGGAGUGUGAUCUGGAAGGGAGUCGGACUUUGCCUCCAAGUGCAGGACUAGGAACAGAAACUGGGAAUCUUCCAGAGAGCGGUUACCAAUCCCCGCCUAAACCGGCCCCACGUAACCCCCAGAACAUCCAGAAGUCUUUUUCUGCACGCAGCUGCAUACCUGCUUCCAUGCAAUCCAGCAGCAGGAGCAGCAGCAGCAGCAGCGAGUCCCUCUCCACUUCUGAAAUACCCUCGGAUUGGGAAGUUUCCCCAGAAGACCCCUUCCUCUCUACCAGUGACUCUGUCCCCAGUCCUGCUGAAGUCCCUCUCUCAGGUCUGGCUGCAGAACACGGGGGUUUUCUUGGAGAAAUGGUUGAAAACUCAAUUUAUGAGGCACAGUCCAGCUUCAAGGGUCCACGGCUGACUCGCUCCUACCGAUUGAGGCAUCGGCCCGUUCCUGACAUCCCAUAUCAGACUGGAGUACCACUACAGGACAGGAACGCACCACCAGCGCAAACAACCAGCCCUGAACGCCUAACCAGCUCCGAAGGUCCCACCGGUGCAAACGGCAUACAGAAAGCUGCACUUCAAAGGACCUUGACGCCUAUUGCUCCCUACGGAGAAACAUUCCUGUACAACAACCCUCAAAGUGCUCCGGACCAAGGUGUUAAAGACGGGUUGGAGAAGGGUUUUAAAGACAGGUUAAAGCCAAAGAAGCCGAGAAAGAAGACACCUAAACAGAAAGGGUCAAGUAAAAAAGAGCGUCCACCAGCUCCAGCAAUCCCAGACCCCUACGGAGACGAGUACUCAACGGUGGAAGAGUGUGUCAGCAUAUUGCCGAGGGCCGGUGUGGACCAAAGUUUUGCUGUGACCCCUGACACUGCUGCUGUUGGUCCAGCAGCCUCUGGGCCAAAAGACAGAUCCUUGAUCAUGGUGGACUGUGACCUCUACUCGGAGCCUGCAGACGCUUUGGGGGGCGUCAGAAAUGCGCUGCCUGAUAUUUCUCCGUACGCAUGCUUCUAUGGAGCCCCUAAACCACAGGUGCUCAAAGUGGGUUGGCUGGACAAGCUGUCUCCUCAAGGAAACUGUGUUUUUCAACGGAGGUGGGUGAGAUUUGACGGUGAGAGUCUGGCCUACUACAACAGCGACAAGGAGAUGUACUCCAAAGGAAUGAUCCUGGCCAGUGCUAUCAGACAGGUGCGAGGACUGGGUGACAACAAGUUUGAGGUCGUCACGUCCCUCCGGACCUUCAUAUUUCGGGCUGAAAGAGAAGGGGAGCGCCAGGAGUGGAUGGAAGCUCUUCAGACGGCCACGCGCCCCCCCGCCUGUGGCUCCCACAAGCGCUCCGACAGCCUCUCCCACCCCUCUUCCACAAACAAGCGAGGCUUGCUGGAACUCCGCGGUUACAAAGGCAGAGUGCUGGUGUCCCUGGCGGGGAGUAAAGUCAGGCUCUGCAAAACAGAACAGGACUUUAAAGCGGGGCUGGCUAUUGCUGAAGUGGAACUGACUGCUGCCAAUAUCAAAGACACUGACCGCAGGGGCUUUGAAAUCAACACACCCUUCAAAAACUUCUGCUUCACGGCUGACUCCGAACGGGAGAAGGAGGAGUGGAUUGAAGCGGUCCAGGAAUCGAUCUCCGAGACGCUCUACGACUAUGAAGUGGUGGAGAAGAUCUGGUUCAACGAGGCCAACCGGAGCUGCGCCGACUGUCGGGCCCCGAAGCCGGAGUGGGCGUCGGUCAAUCUGGGUGUGGUCAUCUGUAAGAAAUGCGCAGGACAGCACCGCUCCCUUGGCCCCAGUAUUUCUAAAGUGCGGAGUUUGAAGUAUGACAGCAGUAUCUGGAGCAAUGAACUAGUAGAGCUCUUCCUUAAGGUGGGGAACAAGAAUGCCAACAGUUUCUGGGCUGCUAAUCUCCCGCUGGAGGAGGAUCUCCACAGCAGUGCCUCCGCAGAGCAGCGCGCCACGUUCAUCCGCAGGAAGUACAGGGAGAGGAAGUACCGGAGGGUCCUGGAGGACGUUCAAGACCUGGAGCAGCUCAAUCAGGCGCUGUGUGCAGCUGUGGUGAUGCCUGAAGUGCUGCAGACCAUGGCGCUGGUGUUCAGUGGGGCAGAUGUUAUGUGUGCCACCGGGGAUCCAACCUUCUCCACCCCGUACCUCUUGGCUCAACGUGCUGGACAGAAGCUACAGAUGGAGUUCCUGCACCAGAACAAACUAUCUGAUUUCCCCAGACUAGAGCAGUGGUCGGAGAACGCCUCCCCGUCCGACGCUUCCCUCUUCAUGGAUGGCUUCCUCUACAUCUCCUCUGGCCCUGCCAAGAUGACGUUGGAUCGUCGCGGACGAGACGACAUGGCACGCCGUUGGUGUACCUUGGAGGGUGGCUUCCUUAGUUACUAUGAGAGCGAGCGAAGCCCUUCCGCCAUCGGCAGGAUGGACGUCACCGAAGUGGUUAGCCUGGCCGUCAGUAACACAGAGACGAUGACUGGAGCAGGGGCUGUGUUUACCGUGGAGCUGUACCUGCAGACGGAGCGAGUACUGAUUGUCGGCGCUGAAACACAAGAAACGCAGCACGACUGGAUCCAGGCGCUAACAAAGUGCUUCGUCCCGUCUAAAGUGGAGGGUUUGGUGCGUAAAGACAGCGAACUGAUUGGCAGACUUCACUACAAAGAAGGCCAUGACCUGUACCACUGGAGGGUGGGCUGGUUUAUGCUGGAAGGCUCGGCCCUGUUCUUCAGCUCGGGAGACGAGGAGGGAGAAGAGGAAGUGCUUCAACUCAAACAACUGCAGGAGCUCACUGUCUCCACGCACACUGAGGGUGAGGACAAGAUCCAAGUCCUGCUGAUGGUGGAGUGUGGAAGAACAGUUUACAUCCACGGCUUCAGCAAGAUGGACUUUACGCUGUGGCACUCUGCCAUCACGCUGGCUGCUGGCACAGAUGGCAAGGCGCUGAGUGACCAACAGCUCACUAAAAAUGGUGUUCCUAUUAUAGUCGACAGCUGCAUUGCUUUUGUCACUCAGUAUGGUUUGUGCCAGGAGGGGGUCUACCAGAGGCCUGGGGACCCCGGUCGAGUCUCUCUCCUCCUGGAGGACUUCACCCGCGAUGCCCGUAAUGUGAAGCUGAGAAAGAAGGAGCACCAGCUCGAGGACGUGACAGACACCCUAAAGAGCUUCUUAUCCCAGGCGGAGGACGCACUGCUGACCAAGGAGCUCUAUCCAUACUGGGUCUCAGCUCUGGAUGAGAAGGAUGAGGGGCAGAGAGUAAAGAAGUACUCCGCUUUCAUCGAGAGUUUGCCAAAGAUAAACAGGUCAACCCUUGACGCCCUGCUCCAACAUCUGUACAGGAUUCAGCAGUGUUCCCACCUCAACCGCAUGCCGAGUGAAAAACUGGCCUCCGUCUUCUCCUCCUGCUUGUUCCAGACUCAGGGACAAACCCCACAGGAAAUUAGUGUGGUGCAUGACCUGAUCAGCAACUACGUGACACUCUUCAGUGUCAAUGAAGAGCAGGUGCAACAGAUGGAGAGGGAGAAUAGUUUCAUCACACGCUGGAAUGACAAGAAGGACACCACAUUCUCUCCAGCUGGGGACUUGAUCUUCGAGGUGUACCUGGAAAAGAAAGAGCCAGAGAAAUGCUGUUUAAUAAAGGUCUCUCCCAGCAUGCGGCCCACUGAGCUUGCAGAAACCGCGCUGAGCAUGAAGAACGUCACCUUUAACGCAGACGAUUUCUGGACCACCUUUGAAGUCAUCGAAAAUGGAGAGUUGGAGCGACCGUUGCACCACAGCGAGAAGAUUCUUGAGCAGGUGUUGGAGUGGAGCUCCUUGGACUGCCCGAGCUCUGCGUUUCUUGUUAUAAAGAAGUUUGCAGAGGCAAAAAGAGUGGCUGAUGGGAAAGACCAAGGACAGUUUAUAAAAAGCGACUAUCUGAAGUUCAGCGAUGGAUCCUCCAAACUGCUUUCAGGGCACAGAUUUCAGGACAAGUAUGUAGUACUACGUGCAGAAAAGCUGCUGCUCUACAGAGAUAUCAAAAGCGCUAAAGCAGAGAAAUCAGUCCAGCUCAAGUGUGUGAAAUGUUACCUGGGCCUGAAGAAAAAGCUCAAGCCUCCAACCAACUGGGGCUUCACAGUCUACACUGAUAAACAACAAUGGCAUUUCUGCUGUGACAAGAGGGAGACGCAGGUCAGCUGGGUGACAGGCAUCAUCAGGAUGACGUAUGGUUCUGACCUCUAUUUGUGGACCUCAAAAGAAGAUGACAAAUCAUCCAGAGGGGGAGCUGUGACAGAAAGCAGCAAGGUCCCACCACACAACCACAAUCCCAGCAGACUGCUGACAGACAGGAGGACUUCUCUUGGAGAGAGAGACCAAAGGGCAAUCAAGGAUGCUGGUCUCCGCCUCAAGGCCAGCACCUUAGCCAUCUGCCCAAAGCCCAAGGACCUACUCAAGGCUCCAGAGGCCCCAAACAGGAGAGGUUCUAUGGAUAUUUGCCUGCCUCAGCGGCUACCUUCCCCAUCUCUGUCCAGACAUUUGCAGCCAAUGCCGUUGCCUCCACCUCCUCACGGUGGCUGUAAGACUCUCGGCAAAAGACCCGUUCUGGGCGGAGAGGGUAUGAUGCCAUCUAAUCUGCUUAAUGAAUUAAACUCUGUGCUCAGCAAGACUGGUCGCAAGAGCGAUGACUGACAGGACGAGGAAUAAGGAGGGAAAAAAGUUACAUAUACGGUCAAUUUGAACAAUAAACAGAAAGAUGAGAAGACUGACUGAUGACUUGCAUUCAUGGGGGAUGAACUCUGCUUCUGAACUCGGGUGUAUAAAGAGAUGCUGAUGCACAAGGGGAUGUUGAAAACAGGUGCAGGAGACAGUGGAGGUCAUGUAGACCUCAGCUGGACAUGGCGCUGACCCAAGCACUACAAAAUGUGAUUUAUAAGCCGCUCUUCUUGCAGACAAUCACCAAAAUGUGUUCCACUGUUAAAGUCAGGAGCUUCCAGGAAAUAUUGCAAACUGCUUGGUUAAUUCUUUUAUGUUUCCAGUUCCGUUGAAAAGCCCAUUUCAACUACAUCUGAAAAGUAUUAUAGUUUUUUUUAACCUUCUAUGCUGGGAAGUUAAUCUUCUUUGUAUCACUUCUGCUGCAAAGAUUUGUAAUGUAGUUGCAUAUAUUUAAUAACAUUCAUAGUAUUUUAAAUAGUUUUGCUUCCACAAAAAAUUCAGAUACUCUUAGGCACAGAAUCCCAAGAAAAUGAUCCAUGUUUGCAUAUCAUCUAUAGAAAAAAGAGCAGGUUUAGGGUCAUCUAGCCUUUAAUGUUGGCUAUAGGCGCAAAGGUUUAGUACAAUAUUAGCUUUUAUGUGUUAUUUAUUUUCAAUCCCGUAUUUGCUACUGUACUGAAACUGUUAACAUUAAAAUCUCUAUAAGUCAACUAGCAGUGUUUCUCAAGCAGAGGAUUCUGUGGCGUACCACUUUAAACUUUGCACUGGCUGCCAACCAAAGUGAUGUGCGGCAAAUGUACAACAUAAAUCGAUAAAUAAACAUUAAAGAAUGCUUUACCUUG